AUGGGUUCUGAGGGUUUUCCUGGACUUGGUUUAAAUGAAGAAGAUGAGAAACUCCUAAAGCAGUUAUUGGAGUGUGGUUGCGGAAUGAAAACAAUACUGGCCUUUGCUAGUUCAAAACUGCUUAGGCCACUAACUUCUUGGGAAAUCAAGAUACUUCGCAAUCAAGUUUUCCCUGGUUCCAAGAAACUUUCGGAUGUAUUGGAUGAAAUACGUAAAGAUUCUGUUGUAUUCGUGGAGCAGUGUGACAGUGAGGUUACUCAAGUCUCUUUGUCACACUACGAACAGGUCGAGUUAUAUAAGCGGUUCCCUGAACUCCUUAGUUUCAGUGUCACUUACAACGUUAGUCUCAGAUUUACUAUUUUCCAAGUAGCCGUGUUAGAUGGUCUUUUACGUUCAAGACCCAUUAUGUUCUCAUUACAUUCCACAGAGCAAACAGAAGAUCUGUGCGUUUUGCUAAAGCAUUUCCGUGAAAUUUUUAAGGAUGCUAGUUCAACCCUGACAGUAGCUGUAGAUUGCCCAGUUUCUAAACCAGAGUUGGUGCAGGAAUUCUUUCCAACUGCAAGGAUUGUUCUGAGUUCAUCAUACGUUAGGAAGGUCUUCAAGAGAAAGUUUAAAAGUCCCGUUGCAAACAAUAUUUUUGCUGGGUUGACAUCUACCUUAUGUCCAAACAAAUUCAAACUUGAUCUACAAAAGCUGAAGAAAUUAGAUUGUAAGGUUUAUGAUUACGUCACUCAGUAUUGGAUCCCUAUAAAAGAAAUGUGGGUGCCAGCGUUCUUACAAAAUGUUGUUACAUUAGGUACGAAAGUCAAUGGUGUAGUAAAAUGCGUUCAUCCGCAUAUACGAGAAGCACUUAAAGAACAUGACUCUUUAAAAGAUUGCUUGAUAGCUUUACAUAAAGAAGCCAGAAAAAACUGUAACUUCUUACAAAAUGAGGCAUCUUUCAGCCUUCUCAAACAUAAAAGGUUCAAUGUAGACGAAAAGUUACAUGAAUUUCUCAAUCAACUCACAGAUUAUGCUUCUGAUAAAACCUACAGCGACAUCGUACGCGAAAGUGACAUCACCAUUGAACAAGUUGAGAACGAUGUCGUAUUUUGUUCAGAUGAUGGGAAUUCUUACAGAGUGGAUAGAAAUAAUGGCGUGUGUUCUUGUUCACUAAAUUCAGUUGAGUUGCUACCAUGCAGACAUCUCAUUAAAGUCCACUUUUCUAUCGGUUUGCAUACGGACGAAUCUUUCUAUAAUACAAAAGAAAAAGACAGUUCGACUACCAGAUUUACGGUGCAAUAUUCAAAAUGUUUUUGUUGA